CCUGGCCACGCCGCGCGGUUGGCGGGCAGCGGGGCGUGGUGGGGCCAUGGCGUUGACGGCUGCCGUGGCCGUGCAGCCGUGCGCGCUGUCCGCGCAGAGGUCGCCAUCCACUGACGCGAUCGUCGUGGGCGGCCUCUCGGCCUCGGGGCAGCCCGCAGCUGCUCGACAGCCGCGAUCGGCGAUCAGCGCGGGCUCGCUCGCAGCGGCGGUUGCCGCGGAAGUGCCAGGUGCAGUGCGCAUGGAAGGGCCCCGCCAGGGCAGCAGAGGGCCAGCCACCGCGAGGGAGCCGCCCGCGGAGGACUCUGGCGAUGCUGGAGGUUCCAAAUUCUGGAGGCCAUGCCAGAUUCUUCAGAGUAUGGGAGAUUGUGGGGAGCACAUUCUGCAUGGAGGUAGUGGCAGAGAGGCCAGCAACAGCAGGGAUAAGUUAGCGACGGCGGCAGUUGCGGCAUGGGGGGGUGCGAUUGCUGUGUUGUAGCAGUUCUGUCAAAGGUGGGCUCUCACUCCUGCUCCCACGCUCCUCUUUAUCGUUUUCCCCCUUCCGGGGAUCACUUUGGAUGUGGGGGCGAUGGGAGGCUUGCUUAGCGGAUGCGUGACCGGGAGCAUGCAGCGCCCUGAGAAGUAGAUGGAGCUUUCAGGAUUCAUCCGUGAGUAGGCGCGCGAGCAUGCUGGCGAGCUUGCGUGUCGCAUACAGGCGAAGCCGAGACCGUCAAUAGACUAGGGCCGUCUAGCGGGCGUCUUAUGGCGGUCGGCGAACUCUUUGGCCUGUUGGUCCGUGCUGGAGGC